AUGCGCUCCACCACCGCGGAGAAGAAACCGCUGCCGAAGAAGAUGCUUACGGCGGCGCCGCUCGCCCAGUCCAGCACGGGCGAGUCGAGCACGGUCACACAGUCACCGGUCGAGUCGUGGACGGUUGUGCUGUCCGGUCCUCCGUCCACUUGUCGCGCCGUCGCUGUGGUCAUCCACCUGGACGGCAAGCGGCUCUCUUUUGCAAGAAUAGGAGACAAACAUUGGCAACAAGUUUCGGUGAUCCGAAGAAGCGGGGAUAGCUUUGCAGAUUGCAUCUACCACCGUGGAAGGUUCUAUGCGGUGACAAUGGAAGGGAUAUUGAAGUCAUGGGACUUUGGUGGACCAGACAAACCGAGGAAGAAGACGGUCAUCGCCGAGGAUGACGAAGACAUGUUCGACGACCCAGUUAUCACUAGGUAUUUGCUUUCGACACCUUGGGGUCAUCUCCUGCAGGUGCGUGUCUUUCUUGACACGCUCCGUGGAAACAACGUCAGGAUUGAAAUAGACAGGUUGGACCUCAAGAGUCAGACAAGGGUAGCACUGAGCUCAGGGAAGGCUCUGCGGGCACAUGCCGCCUUCGUCGGACAGAAUAGCCCAGGCAUUUUAUCCACCAAAGAAUUCCCCAAACUAAGACCGGAUUGUAUCUAUUUCACAACUCCCCGCCUCAGAGAGCGCCGCCCUUUCGAGAAUCGCCAUAACCAAUGGAGCGGCGUGAAAGUCUAUGACCUGAAAAGACAGACACUUGAGGACGCUUUCCCGUCUGGUGGAGGUCUUUACGGGACCAUCUAUCCAUUGGAAGUCUGGUUCAUGCCGAGUGUAGUCUGA